AUACGAACGACGAACAUCAUGAGCUUCUUCAAGAAUCUUUUCAAAGAGGCGGGCGUGAAGGAUGUCAUCACUCUUUUCCACAGCGCCAAAAGCCCUCAAUCGACUCGAGUCUUCACCCUCCUCAAGCAGACGCACGCCACCGCUGCCUCGACCGCGACUCAAGACCAAGCGAGCGACCACUCGACCCAGAGCAAACUUGGACGAACGGACUUUGAGCUAGAAAUCCAAGAGGAGCCGCCAACAGAGGACCAAGUGAACAGCAUCUUGGAGUUCCUCGGACCCUCAAGCGCAGGUACUGUCAUCCGCGAUGCGACGGGCACCACGGAUGCGAUGCGGAAAUUCAGACAAGAUCAAAGCGCCUUCCAACGGCCAAUCACGGUUGAUUGGAACAACGGCAGAGCAGUUGUCGGUGAGAAUGAAAGUGAGAUUCUGAAGCUGGUGAAGACCUUGCCCAAGGAGGCGGAGAAGUAGGGUGCAGUGUUGAGGUAGGAUUUGUGAUGGCUGUACAGUACAGGUGGGAAGGUGGUUUAGCAUGUGACACUCCGCUCUGAAGUCAGCGAGGUGAUAUGGAGCUGCAAAAGGACACGGUCCCAGCAGCAUUUGAGUGAGUGGCAGACAACGGCAUUGUAGUGACCCUAUCUCGGGUAAGCACAUGCCAAACAGAGAUGAGCAUUGAGCAUCUGGAAGCUCGUGGCAAGGUGGCAUAUGGUUUCAGCUGCGCGCGAGAGACCUGUCUAUCAUAUGCAUUGUCAAAGACGGACUCGAUCGUUCAAUCACUGUAAGCACUCG